AGGUGUCGGCGGGCGGGGCAGCAGCCAAGAGCCGGGGGUCGGGGCGUUGGCCAUGUUUCCCUUCGGGCCCGGUAGUCCCGGAGGGGACAGGGCGGCCGGAGCCGGGGCUGAGGAGCCGGCACCCCAUGCGAGACAGGGGGGAGCUGCCGGGCCGCUCCCUUCUCCGCCUCCGUCGCUACAGCCGGGGGCUGACGCAGCCCCUCCCCCGUCGCCCUGCGGGAGCCCUCGCCGCCCCUGCGCCCCUUCGCAGCCCCAGGCUGGGCGCGCGGGGGAGCUCCGGCCGCCCGGAGCUCUAGAGUCCUCAGCCGCUUCCGCCCAGGGAGAGCAGUCACCGCCCUCCCCGCCGCGCCGGCAGCCCGGGCCUGACUGCAGGGCCGGGAGCCGGGGCCGGCACUGCCUCAGCGCCCGCCUGGGCGGCCCUGGCGCCCGGCUGUUCGGGUGGCUGAGAGAGCGCAGCCUGGGCCGCGGGCUGUUCGUGGAUCCGGCGCGAGACAAUUUCCGCACCAUGACUAACCUCUAUGGUUCCAUCCAUCCCGCGGACUCGGUGUACCUCAGCACCCGCACCCAUGGGGCCGUCUUCAACCUCGAGUACUCGCCUGACGGGUCAGUGCUGACAGUUGCUUGCGAACAGACUGAAGUUCUGCUUUUUGAUCCUAUAUCUUCAAAGCACAUAAAAACACUUUCUGAAGCUCAUGAAGACUGUGUAAAUAAUAUAAGAUUUCUUGAUAACCGGCUGUUUGCUACCUGCUCUGAUGACACUACAAUAGCACUAUGGGAUCUGAGAAAACUGAACAGCAAAGUAUGCACUUUACAUGGUCACACUAGCUGGGUGAAGAACAUCGAAUACGAUACUAAUACAAGACUCUUAGUAACGUCAGGAUUUGAUGGAAAUGUCAUUAUUUGGGACACCAACAGGUGUACAGAAGAUGGGUGUCCACAUAAGAAAUUCUUUCACACACGUUUUCUCAUGCGAAUGAGAUUAACACCAGAUUGUUCCAAAAUGUUGAUCUCAACGUCCUCUGGAUAUCUCUUGAUUUUGCAUGAUCUUGACUUAACCAAGUCUUUAGAAGUAGGCAGCUAUCCCAUUUUGAGAGCAAGAAGAACAACGUCAAGUUCAGAUCUUACCACUUUGUCGAGUUCAUCUGGUCCUAGAGUUUCUGGUUCACCUUCUCAUCAUAGUGAUUCCAAUUCAUCUUCUGAGAAACACAUGUCACGAGCCUCACAAAGAGAAGGAAUUUCACCACGAAACAGUCUUGAAGUCUUAACCCCUGAAGUUCCUGGUGAGAGAGACCGUGGAAAUUGCAUCACAUCGUUACAGCUGCACCCAAAAGGCUGGGCCACUCUUCUUCGGUGCUCAAGCAACACUGAUGAUCAGGAGUGGACUUGUGUCUAUGAAUUCCAAGAAGGAGCCCCCGUGCGACCAGUCUCACCUCGCUGUUCUCUACGACUGACUCAUUACAUUGAAGAAGCCAAUGUAGGCAGGGGUUAUAUCAAAGAACUUUGCUUCAGCCCUGAUGGGCGAAUGAUUUCUUCCCCACAUGGCUACGGGAUUCGCUUGUUGGGAUUUGACAAACAGUGCAGUGAACUUAUUGACUGUUUGCCCAAAGAAGCCAGUCCCCUGCGGGUGAUCCGUUCUCUGUACUCUCAUAAUGAUGUGGUACUGACGACAAAGUUCUCUCCAAUGCAUUGUCAGAUCGCCUCCGGGUGCCUUAGUGGACGGGUUUCUUUGUAUCAGCCAAAGUUUUAGGCACAACUUACAUCAAAUAAGGAACUCUUCUGGUGUUUGAAUUAUAUAUUACUUCAAUUUAGGUGAAGUAUUUUCUUUUUAGAAGAUCUUAAAAGUUUGGGUCAAGAUCCUAGUUCUUAUGGGUCCAUGAACACACCUGUGACCUGAGUACUUGGUCGUCCAGCAUCACAGGGGCAUCGCCAAGUUAGACUCCAGGCAGCACCAUCUUUCUGCAGCAUUCCUAGGCUCCUGCUGAUCUGUGCCACUGAACUCCAGUUCUGCUGGUUGUUUUGCAUGGUAGCUCUUGUCAAAUUUCUUUCUUUUAAUUCUCUUUUCUGUUUUUUGAUUUUGGUGUGAAUUUUGUGGACAUUUGGCAGGAGUUUUGGUUGGAUUAGGAGAAACUCGUGAUGCUAGUGUUGAAUAAAACCCAGAAGUUUGAUGUUGGCAUACUGGUUGUUGAAAAGAAAUUUCAUCUUAUCAGUAUACUUGGCCUUUUAAAGUUGCUGUUGUUUCUCUAUAAUGAGCACAGAUAAUGGCAUUAUUCUUACAGCUGUUAUAGUUUUGCAGCAAAAUGUCUUUUAAGUUUCCUGUUAAAAUUAUACAUAUUUUUCACCGUGAGAGGGAUUUUGUUGUGAAAUUCUAGAAAAAAAAUUACCACCUCUCUUUGUAGUUUAUUUGUAUGAAUUUUUAAAUCUGUAGCAUGUGUCCUUACUUGGUAUUUUGUUCCUGUCAACAGCAUUAGAAAGGAAAAGAGAAGGAAUGGGCUUUGGUCAUUUCUAUUGUAUAGAAGAGGAUUUGUUUAUUAGAUUAUACUCUCUAUCUGGCCACACAGUGAUGAGAACAAUGUGGCUUAGAUUUUCUGUUUCCUCUGCCAGAUUAUUUGAAUCACAGAGGAUGACAGGUGGACAGAAAAUGGAGAGUAAAGACGUUGUGUUUUUCUCAUCUUCCUUGAGCUCAACUCUCUUACCAUUAAUGAAGGGAGAACUGUGAUUGUCUUCAAGCUGUUGUCAUAACUGUGGUGGUCCGUGACUUGGGUGUCAUGACUAAGACCUUUUGUUGUGUUUUGUUAUGGAACACAGCAAGUAAAAAGCAUCACGCAGGGGCCAGGCAUAAGGCUGACUACUCUGCUUUUUUGAAAAAAGUAAGCAGCUUUUUUCUAGUCUCCUCCACUUUGAAUGGGACUGUCCUUAGAAGAGAUUUGCCAGAGGCUGGAGUAAUUUGAGCCACAUGCUAGCUUUUUCCCUCUUAGAACACAUUCUCUUAGGCCAGUGGUUCUCAAACAUUAGGGUGCAUUAUAAUCACUGGGGAGCUUGUGAAAAAUAGAGAAACCUGGCCCUCACCUUAAGAGGUUCUGAUUCAGCCAGGGAGAGGACAGGAAUCUAUUUUUAACACGAACCCCAAGUAAUCUGUAUUCAGGUGGUUCCUGGAUCACAGCUUCAAAUAUUACUACCUUAAACAUCAGUAAAUAUUUCUGUACCCAUCAGGUGCUUAACACAACUCCCAGAAGGUGUUUUGAUUAUUAAAAAAAUAAGCAAAUAAAAGCAAUUUUAGAGGUAGAAAGUAACUUGAAAUGGACUCAAUCUCGUUAUUAGAUGAAUGAGAGAAGUUAAGUGACUUGCCUAAAGUCAUCCUGCAAAAUUAGUGGCAGAGCCAGGACUUGAAUUCAAGUCUCUUAAUUCCUUGCUCAGGGCAAUUUCUACUGUAUUAUGCUGGCUGUUAAAACAAUGACUUAUGAACACUUUUUUUGUCUUUAAGUUGUAUUAUUGUGAAUACCUUUAAACGGGCCAGUAGAUUGAAAAAGGAAGGCAUGGGAGUAUCAAUGCUGAGAAUUCCAGCCAUAAGAAGAAAAGUGUUUUCAAUCUUAUAGAAAUGUUUAAGCAACCCAAAUACAUGAAUAAAAAUGACACUUUUUGUAGAACCUGCCAGACAGCCAUUCACACAUGUACAGAGGUUACAUCUCACUUGGAUAAUGUUGGCUCUGGGACAAAUUUUAAAAAUUAGAUUUUUCUUACCAUGGAUAUUAAAAAAAAAUUGGAAAUUUUUUAGUCAUCAAAAAAAGUACCCACAGUGAAAACACAGGUUUGCCAUAAACUUUCUUAAAAACAAAUAUUUAAAAGAAAAUAAAGUUUUGGAGACAAAAACACCUAAUGUUGACAUUAAAAAUAAGCUACUAAGUACAAUGGUUGUAUUGAUAAUCAAAAGAAGUUUCCAUAUAUCGCAUCUCCUUGGGAGAGCGCUCCAUGUCAGAUGCUAGGCCCAAACGUUGCCCAACUCUAAUAAAUUUCAGUCCAUGAUUCUAGAAUAUCUAUCAUGUGUCAAAUAAUGUACAUACUUUACUACUAACUCUCACAAAAACUGCAAGGUAGGUGGCAUGAGCACCAAUGUACUUUGGGGGAAAUGGAGGGUCAGAAAGGUUGAUUUGCCAUAAGUCACAGAGCUGGCAUGGGGUGGCAGCACUGAGAUUCAAACUCAAUGUUUGUUUUAGUUCCAAGCCUGUGCUUACUACUCUACCAUUUUGCCCUUUAGUUUGUAAAGGAUGGUAAACUGGCCUGUUAAUUUACUUAUUUAACACCCUCUGGAAGUGGUUUAUUUCAGAGCUGGCUCAUCUUCUGCACCACGCAAAAGAACAUUUACAAGAUAGACAAUUUCCAUUAGAAUUAAUGCCAUAAACUGCAGGGCACACAUACGGUUCAUUCCUAACUAAAAACCCUCAUGCAGGGUAAGUAGCUAUAAAAUAAAGAAAAAUGGAGGAUUAAUAGCCUUAUACAAAAACAGAGCCUCACAGAUAAGAAUUAAAAAUUAAUAGCAAACUCAACAAAACCUUUGUCCUCUCUGAGGUAUUGUUAUGAUUAGAAAGUCAUCAGGGGAUAUUAAUCAAGGAAUUAAGGGGCAUCAGGAAUGCCAUACUAUUGGAGGAGAUUACACUUAAAAUUUCAAGAUCCCAUUUCACUUAGUGUAUAAAAUCUAAUCUGGUGUUUUUAACUCUAAAAUUUUAUUUAGUCAUUUUUAUUCAUGAUAAUUGGUAAAUGUAUUAUAAUUGAUAAUAUAAUUGUUGGUAAGUAUAGUAUAAAUUAUACAUCUGCUUUAAAAAGCUUUCUGCAGAACAGUAUAUUUAUGGCAAAGCUAUGUUGAAUGAGUUUAAAAACAUCAAAUAUACAGUAGUUCCUUAUUUUCAAUUGUGAAAAUGAAGUGGCUGAUGCAGAAGAGACCUCUACUUUUAUCUUUUGAAAAUGUCUGUGGUCUUUUUUCUCAGAAGCCCAAAGAGCAUGUAUAUUUUGUUUCUCCUUGUUACAUCCCUGAGAAGAGGCUAUACCAAAAAUUUUAGGAAAACAAGCAUGGAAAAGGUAAAUCACAUAUUCCUCACUCCUAUGUCUAGAACCAAGAUCACAUCAUAUCAUUAAGGCUGUUUUCUAGAAAGUGCAAUAUAGCAAAAACGCUCUGAGACUCUUUUAGGAGCCUAGUGUUUCCCAUAUUAGAAUAUAUGGUGUUGGCAUCCAUAAGAAUCUGUUAAGCUUGUGUUUAACAGGAGAAAUGGUCUGAUAACUUACUGAUGACAAUCAUCCCCAUUUAAUGACCAGCAGUCACUGAGAGCUAAGAAAAUUCAGUAACACAGUGUUGGUCAUGAAGGAAAGCAUAUAUAUUAAUGUUGGGAUAAUUAAUGCAUAUAUCUUAAGUGCCAAAAUUUAAAACUUGUAAUUAUUUUUGAUGCAAGUCUUUCAGAUAUGUCAGUAUACCUACCCGCCUUCUUCUUAAACAGCAUGCUCAGUACAAUUCACUUUUUCAUGAUGAAAGUAAAAGUUAUAUUCAUGUGUUAUUACAAAUAUCUAAUGAGCUCUGAUGUAUGUAAAAUAAUUCAUAAAUUGUAAAGGGCUAUAACAAAUUGAUAUUAAUUAUUAUAAAGUGAUUCCCUCAGCCUUGAGGUAUAUAUAAUCAUUUGCCUCAGAUUCCUGGUGUGGUUUUUGUUUUUUUUAGUUUAAAAAAUUUUGUAUCUGCUAAGCAGUUUGUUUUGCUUAUAUAGUGGUCUCCUACCACACUAUCAAUAUACCUGCCUCUAACAGGCUCCCCACUUCCUUCUAAUGUGCUGUGUUCAUCUGUUAUGAGCUGGGACGUGAGAUAACCAAGCCUGCUUAGUUUCUAAUGGGCUGGAUGAGCUCUGGGUGCACAGUCUGUGAGACAGCUCUUUUGGUUGCUCACCAACUUCCUGACAGGUUCACAAUAACCUUCUGGAUAAUAGUUCCCAGUUAAAGCCCAAGCUAGUGAUUUUUUUCAGUUGCCACUAAGUAAAAUACUACAAGCUAAGGAUGCUGCUAGAUUAAGGAGAAGCAAUGUACCAAAAUACAAGGAAGCAAAAACAAAGGCUCUGUAGUUGCACAGGGGUCUUUCAUGCUUUUAAGAAAAAAGAAGAGUGCAGAGGGGAAAAAAAAACCAGUGAAAAUCCAGAUAGACUUAAGAGUAUUUUUGAUGCCAUUAAACUGUCAGUAAUUAUUAAAAUAUAUGGUUAAAAAAUAAAAUAAAAUAUAUGGUUAAAUUAUCACACAUUGUACAAAGACACAGUUAAGUCUCAGUGCAAAAUGAGAGUGUACCGAAAUUUAUACCCUGAACACAAUUCUUAAGAAUUUCUUCCAUUCAAAUGAUAAUGGAAAUUAAUAUCAAAAGGAAAGUCUCAAAUUUACCUGUAUGCCGCUUUUUUAGUUGUAAAUGAAUUAGUGAUAGAAAAAUGGGUUUUAUCAAAAGCUCCAGGGAAUACAUCUCACAUGCACACACCUCCUCUAUACAUGUGUAUAUAAAUGUCAGUAUAAAUGAAAAUGCCAGAGAUAAUAAAAUAAUUUUAAAAAUUUAAAUCUGGUCCAAAGUACUUAAAAUAGAAUUUUCAGCUUUCCCGAGUUUUUUCCUCAUUUAGAUUUCAUGGUUUUUACACUAGAAGUUGAAUAUUUGAAUUUUCUUUUAAAUUUCAUUGCAUCUUCCAUUUCCAAAUUGUGCUUUCUGAUAAAUUUUAGAUUCACAUUUUCAGGACAUUUGGAGUAUUCCAGAUAAUAUGCCAGACACCAGAAAGUUUUCUCUCUAGAUUCUGAGGUGCUGUUUCUCACUAGAUUCUCAUGCCAGACUGUAAGCUCCUUGAGGGCAGGGACUCUUCUUUAUUCUUCUAUUCCCACUGCCCAGCAGGAUCAAUAAAUUUUUGUUGAAUGAA